AUGCUCAUCCCCUGUGGUGCCACCACGGCUGCUUGCGCUGCUGCUUCCGUGACCGCCACCUCCCUUGCCCCCACCUCCUCCUUUGCCGUUGUUCUUGCUCUGCUUGCGGGGCUGGGUAGCGUUGAGGGAGGAGGAAGAGGGUUGGGAGGAGGCGAGGUUGACAAUGGGAGUGCGGAGUUUGACUUCAGUAUCAACGGAGGCGAGAUCAGCCAUGGGAUUGGCUUCGGUAAAGGCGUGAAGGCGGGAUUCAUAGUCUGGGGUGAGGUUAAAAAGGAGGCGGUGGAUUUGGAGGGGUUCGGAGAGGCCGGCUUGGCGGGCUUCGAGGCGAUUAGCUACCUCUCUCAUGCGUCCGGCAUAGUCAACCGCUCCGUCACAGAUGACCGAGGCACGGAGUUCCCGAGCCUGGAAGCGGCGCAUGAGGGAGUCAGGGAGAGCACCAAGGAGAACGGUGCAGGCGCGGGUGUCAGCAGCUGUCCAUGCGAUAAGUUUUGGGGUGAAGGCAGCCAUGUCGUCGUUGUAGUUGGCGACGAUGGCGAGUGGUCACGGAGGAGAGCGGCGCGGGCGGCAGCGGUUGGCGAGGCCGCGGCGGCGUUGGCGCGGAGGCGGCGUCGAGGCCGCGGAGGAGAGUGGCGCGGGCGGCAGCGGCUGGCAAGGCCGCGGCUGCACUGGCGCGGAGGCGGCGUCGAGGCCGCGGAGAGGAGCAGCGCGGGCGGCAGCGGCUGGCGAGGCCGCGGCUGCGCUAGCGCGGAGGCGGCGUCGAGGCCGCGGAGUGGCGCAGGUGGCGGCGGCUGGCGAGGCGGGCGCGGAGGCGGCGUCGGGGCCGCGGAGGGGAGCGGCGCGGGCGGCAGGCGGUUGGCGAGGCCGCGGCUGCGCUGGCGCGGAGGCGUCAUCAAGGUCGCUAAGUGGCGCGGGCGGCGGCGGCUGGCGAGGCCGCGGCGAGGCGGGCGCGGAGGCGGCGUCGGGGCCGCGGAGGGGAGCGGUGCGGGCGGCAGGCGGCUGGCGAGGCCGCGGCUGCGCUGGCGCGGAGGCGGCGACGAGGCCGCGGAGGGGAGCGGCGCGGGCGGCGGCGGCUGGCGAGGCCGCGGCGAGGCGGCCGCGGAGGCGGCGUCGAGGCCGCGGAGAGAAGCGGCGCGGGCGGCAGCGGCUGGCGAGGCUGCGGCGAAGCAGGCGCGAAGGCCUAGCGGGUAUGAUCCCCGUGCAAAGCCGAAACAUAAAUUUUCCCCUCUCACCCCCCCUCCUCUUCUCCCCUUCCCCCCCUCUCACCUCCCCUCCUCUUCUCCCCUUCCCCCCCUCUCAUCCCCCCUCCUCUUCUCCCCUUCCCCCCCUCGCCGUCUCCCUGUUCCCUUCCCUCCGUUCCACUGGCACCCCACCGCACAGAUAUCAGCGUGGGCCAGCAACCUGCUCAAGGCAGUGCUGGGGCCGGGAGCAGCGCCGCCGUUCAAGCCACCGGACGGGGUGACGCCGCAGUGCCUGGAGAACGCAGUGGUGCUGCGGCAGCGGGACACCUUCGACGCCGAUGAGUGCAGCAGCGACGCUCAAGAGCUGCGACGGAUUGUCCGUGCCUUUUGCCACACCCGGGUGCCAGCAGUGCCAGCACUGGAGGACCCGCCAGCGCUGCUGGGGGAGGAGGGCAUGGACGUGCGCAUUGCGUUUGCGGGCGACGCGGACAACUGGGCACGCAUGCCGUGGUUCAACUUCUCCCUCGCCGCCACCUGGAUCCGCCAGGAGUGCGCCGUCUUCUCUCUCUCCUGCGAGGUCGCCACGGUGCCAAGAGGGGAAUUCUGCCGUGUCAAGGUUUCUUCUCUUCACAACCCUAUCCUCGUUAUAAGCUCUAACCCAUUCUUCUGUCCCCCUGCUGCAUCUCACUCCCCACAGGUUUUGGGCCUGGGCCGAGUGGACAUCGUGAUUGGUCCGUGGGGAGACCGGGCUUUGGACAACAUAGUGUUCCUGCUGCCCGGCACAGCCAUGCGCAUGGACGUGGCAAUGAAGGACGUGCUGUCGUGGGUGAGCAAGCACCUGGAGACGCUGGGGCGCCGGCAGAAGGGCGGCGCAGAGGAGGGCGAGCCCACCUUCCUCGAGACCUGCGUGCACCGCAACCUGCGCUACUGA